CGUCAGAGGAAAGUAAGAUGGCUGCCGGUCUGAAGGCGGAAGGUAAAGUAGUUUGUGGAGGUGUUUGUGUCGAACCGCCGUUAUUGGUGACGGGUCCCCAGCUUGAGCGUCGGCCGGCACCGCCGUACUUUGUGUGGGUCAGUGCAGGUGGCCGUGCUUCUUGUGAGACCACCCUGCAUGGACUCAUCGCCAUGAGCAACAAGGAGAUGGUUUCCACAGGUUACACUGAGAGUAAAGGACAGAGGAACAAGCUGCUGGAGUGCCUCCCUCGCUCUUCCUGUCUGCCCAACGAGCGUCUGAGAUGGAACACUAAUGAUGAGAUCGCGUCUUAUCUGGUAAGCUUUGACAAGCAUGACGAGUGGCUCUCCUGCACCCUGAAAACCAGGCCAAAGAACGGCAGCAUCAUCCUCUACAACAGGAAGAAGGUAAAGUACAGGAAAGAUGGGUACUGCUGGAAGAAACGCAAGGAUGGGAAGGACACCCGAGAGGACCACAUGAAGCUGAAGGUGCAAGGCAUGGAGUGUCUCUACGGUAACUACGUCCAUUCCGCCAUUGUGCCAACAUUCCACCGCCGGUGCUACUGGCUGCUGCAAAACCCAGACAUUGUGCUGGUCCAUUACCUGAACGUGCCCUCCCUAGAGGAUUCUGGGAAAUGCAGUCCACUGCUGUGUGCCGUGACCAGUCGCCACGACAGCAUGAAAUGGAACCGCGACGACUUGCUCGGACAGCUCAAGCCCAUGUUUCACAGCAUCAAGUGUUCCGGCGGGAGCGGUGAUUUCAGCAUCGAGGAGCUGGUGCAGCUCAUCCUGGAGCGCCAGAGAACCAAACCGCAGCCGCGCACGCACGCCUGCCUCUGUAACGGCAACCAGGGACGGAACAUUCCCCACAGCUGCAACAGCACCAAACAUCGGAUCAUCUCCCCCAAGCUGCCCCCCUCGUCCUCCUCGCCGCUGUCCUUGGAGACGGGGGAGCUUGGGGGCGGCGGGGGGGACGCCAAACUGCCCCAGCUCCAGGCUCAGGGCAGCCCCGCCUCCUCUCCCAGCCCCGCCUCCACGUCGGCCACUUCCCCGCCACUGAGCACCGUGGCGCUGCCGCACAACGCCCUCAUCGUCAUGGCGACCACCACCGCCAUCUCCAGGGGCAGCGGGGAGGAUCCGCCCAAGGAGAGCCUGUCGCUGGGCCGCUCCAGCCAAUUGCUUCUCUCGCCCUCCCUCCCCCAUCACGGCAAGCCCCCCUUGCCCUGCCCGCUCUCCCCCACAACUCCCUCCCUCCCCGCGCCCGUGCAUCACACCCUCUCCCUCACCCUCCUUCCCUCGCCCGUCAUAGGAGGCCUGCUUCUCGCUCCCUCCUCUUCCGCCUCCCCUCCCCUGUCUUUUUCUUCACCCUCUCUCCCCCCGCCAUUCCUCCCGCCCGCAUUUGACCCAGACUCCUUCCUGAACUCCCCCAAGCAGGGCCAGACAUACGGCGGGCCCCUUCCUCCCAUCAUCUGCGCCUCCUCCUCCCCGCUCUCUCCCUCCUCUCUGGCGCUGUCGCCCACGUCCACCCCGCCCUCGUCCAUCUCCCCUCCCUCGUCGCUGUCUUCGUCCUCCUGCGAGACGGACAGGAAGGACUCUGCCUCGCUUCCGCCUUCCUUCCUCCUGUCGCCCACUUCCUCGGUGGCGCCGCCCCUCCUUCCCCUCUGUCUGGAGCUGGGAGCUGUCGAGGUCCCAGCGGAGGCGGUGGGAGGCGACCUUGAGGAGAAUGAGCGGGGAGAUGACGUUCGCAGCUUAGCGCCUCCCACGAAGCUGCAGCAGCCCAGCCUGUCGUCAACGCCAGGAAGUGGCACCGCAUCGCAGGAGCGGCCCUACGGUCAUCUGCCCGGACCCCCCGCCUCCGCCAACCCAGAAGAUGUCACCAUGGAAACCUCCGCUCAGGCGCCGCCCACCCUGCAGGUGAAGGAGGUCAACGGGCCGGGCCACGAUGCCGACACCCCUCCCAUGGACACGCAGCAGGAAGCGGAGGAUCUAGAAAUCUCCUUCGACAGCCAGUUUCCGGACCUCAUCUCUGACCUCAUCACAGUGGAGGCCAAUCCUGUGGCGGCGGCGCCUCCCUCCGCUCCCGCCGACGUGGCCCCCAACCCGGUCGUUUUCUCAGCUGGGAUUCGCUACGUGGUGCCCCCGCAACCUUCCCCUUCCACUUCCUUCCUCCCCUUUCCUCACCCGCUGCCGUCUUCGUCGCCGCUCGCCUCCAUCACGGACUUCUCCCCGGAGUGGUCGUAUCCCGAGGGUGGGGUGAAAGUGUUGAUCACAGGACCGUGGAGUGAGCAGUCGGGUCGCUACACGUGCGUGUUUGAUCAGAGCGCUGUCCCGGCUUCGCUGAUCCAGCCCGGCGUGCUGCGCUGCUACUGCCCUGCCCACGAGGCCGGUCUGGUGUGUCUUCAGGUUGUGGAGUCCGGGGGUUCCGUGUCCUCAUCGGUUCUGUUCGAGUACCGCGCUAGGAAUGCCAGCUCGCUGCCCAGCUCUCAGCUCGACUGGCUGUCAUUGGACGACAAUCAAUUCAGGGUGUCCAUCCUGGAGCGCCUGGAGCAGAUGGAGCGCAGGAUGGCAGCGAUGGCGGCCCGCGACAUCGCGCAACGACAGCAGCAGCAGCAGCAGCAGCAGCGACGUGGCAGCCAAAUGGCCGCCACCGCACCCCUUCCUCCGCACACACCCGAGGACCGCAACCAGUCGUCCCAGUGGUUCGAGAGGAGGAUCGUGCGAGUGUGCGAGAGGAUGAUGAGAGGAGUGCGGUGGAGCGGAGGCGACGAAGAGCGGCUUCAGCACUCGGCGCGCCACCGAGGGAUGACGCUGCUCCACCUGGCCGCCGCGCAGGGUUACACUCAUUUGAUACACACGCUGAUAACCUGGAGACGUGUACACAGCGACAGUUUGGACCUGGAACAGGAAGUUGACCCUCUCAACGUGGACCACUUCUCCUGCACGCCGCUGAUGUGGGCGUGCGCUCUGGGCCACCGGAGCGCAGCGGAGCUCCUGUACGGCUGGAGCGGCGUGGCUCUCGGGAUCCCGGACUCGCUGGGCCGCCUCCCGCUGGCCGUGGCCCGCUCGCGAGGGCACACUUGUCUGGCCGCCGCUUUGGAGGAGCUGCACACGCACGCCGCGGCCUCACCCGCGUCGACGAGCCCGGACACAGGCGUCAGCUCCUCCAGCAGCCUCCCCACCUCUCCCUCCCAAAGUUCGGCCGCCCCCAUGGACAUCUCCCCCUCGUCCCCAUCCUCAUCCUCCUUGUCCUGCUUGCCAGUGGAGGAGCCGCACGCAGCUUUGACCCUCUCGGAGUGUCCGAGCGAGGGCCCCGCGUGCCCCCGCCUGGCGCCCACGCUGGCAGAGCAGCUCCUGAGCUACAGCGACAACAUGGAGAACGAAGAGGACGAGGAAGAAGAGGAGGUCGACAUGGCGACACUUGCGGAGCAAAUCAUAGAGGCGACGCCGGAGCGAAUCAAACACGAGGACUUCGCCAGGGGGGGCCGAGUCGAUGCUCCGCAGGUGUGCCCCCCCUCACCUCUCAGCGCAUUGGCCCUCCAGAGGCUGCGCCCUCCCUCCUCUGCGGCGUGGGCAGAGUUUCUGAACGCGUCGGCCAACGGGAGGAUGGAGCGCGACUUCGCCCUGCUGACGCUGACGGACGGCGAGCAGAGGGAGCUCUACGAGGCGGCCAGGAUCAUCCAGAACGCCUUCCGGAGAUACAAGGGUCGCAGGUUAAAGGAGCAGCAGGACAUGGCCGCAGCCGUCAUUCAGAGAUGCUACCGCAAAUAUAAACAGCUAACAUGGAUAGCUCUCAAGUACGCCAUCUACAAGAAGAUGACCCAGGCGGCCAUCUUGAUCCAGUCCAAGUUUCGCUCAUACUACGAGCAGAAGCGCUUCCAGCAGAGUCGGCGCGCGGCUGUGCUCAUCCAGCAGUACUACCGCAGCUACAAGGAGUACGAGAGGCUCAAACAGAGCCCGGGCGGCUGCGGCGCAGGCCACAACCCCAAAAUCAAGGGGACCUACCUGACCAAGAAACAGGACCAGGCUGCACGCAAGAUCAUGAGGUUCCUGAGACGUUGCAGGCACCGGAUCAAGGAGCUGAAGCAGAACCGGGAGCUGGAGAGACGAGGUCUGACCACGUAAAACCACAGCGUAGACCCCCGCUCGGCAUCCUGAUGAAUGUAGUUCCUGACGGAGUGCGUGGAGGCCAAUGUCCAUCUUUGUUCAUAUUGACAUGUCGGUACGCAUGAAUCCACACGUACAAUACACGGGACUUUUCAAAUGCUGUUAUUUAUGACUGCAAGUGAGUCUUAAUGAACUGAACUGUGAUUCAGAGACAGCAGUCUCACUCGUUUUGCAUGACAUCGACAAAAGAGGCAUGUAGAGAAAUAUAUCAGCUUUAUUUCAAACACGCUUUGAACAUCAAAAAAGCAAAGCAUUGUGAUAUGUGUCGUUCACAUGCUUUGUGUGUGUGUGUAUGUAAAAAAAAAAAUUAAAAAAAGAAAACAAUCA